CUCCUCGCGUUGCAGGUGCGUCACAUCCGACGGGACGGCGUAGUGCCCGCGCGCACACGCAAGAACUCCCUAAGCCGCCCGAACAACCUGCCGCCCACUGCCUCCCACACCCUGCCGCCAGCGCCCACCCAUCCGCCACUGCCGCCCCUGCAGGCCACGCCACCAGUCGCCACAACCACCACUGCCCCUGCCACAGCCCCCGAGUCCCCUGCCACCCCUGCCUCGUCUCCAGCCCCUGCCGUCGCUGCCCCUACCCCUGCCAGCACCACCAGUUCAAGCAGCAGCAGCAGUAGCAGUAAUAGUAGCAGUACGCCCACGACCCUAAAGCUACCUGAACCUCCUCCACUCACGGAGGAUAAGCAGAAGGGGGAACAACAACAACAGCAGAAAUCGCAACAAAAGCAACAACAACAACAACAAGAGCAGAAACAACAAAAACAAGAUCAGGAAAAAUGCAACGAGGAAGCGAAAGAGGAAGAGAGACCUCAGGAGAAGGAACAACACAAA